GCUGCUCAGGAUGCGGUGCUAUCGGCUCUUCCUGCCUGGCUGACCGUGUAUGGCAAGCUUUGCGAAGGACACGACAGCUGGGAAGCUUCCGUGCGGGUGCGCUGCGCCUUCACGGCCCUGCAGGCUGUCACCAGCCUCUGCCGCUUCCCGGAGCUCGAAGUUACCAUGUCUGAGUCCAUCGAGGGCUUACUCAGACCAGCGUGUCUUCUGGUACAAAGCCUGCAUCCGGCCUACGAGCAGGCUGUGAUCCAAGCAGAUGACGGCGGCCAGAGUGAGGAGGAGGGUGGCAUAGCUCCUUUCGUGGCUCAGACCAUGGAGCUCAUCCAGGCCAUGGCCGUCCGAGUCAAGCUGAAGCCGCUCCUGAAAAACAGGUUGAAAAACUUGCUUCAGCUCCUGGUGCCCUUCAUGCGCAUCACGGAGAAUCAGGCAGCCUCGUGGCGAGCUGACCCAAACGAGUUCCUGGUGCAGGAGGAGGACGAGCAUUGCAGGGGCUGCACCAUACGCGUCUCUGGUGAAGGGCUGGUGGGCCAAAUGCUUGACAGCUUUAAGCGCGAAGCCUCGCGCGCCGUGGCGGCGCUCGCCACGGAUUUGUUGGAGCGCGGCGAAGCUGGGCGCAGCUCAGGUGAUGCCGCUGCUUGGAAGCUGACGGAGGUUGGCUUGUUCGUGUUCAGCAUAGCGGUCGGCGAGGCGACGGUGAAGUCGCUGCAGCGGAGUGAGCUGGGCCCCUUGGUUCCCGACACCUUGCAGCUGGCUGCGAGGCUUUGCGCUGACCGGAACGCUUCGGAGUUUUUACGCGCUCGCGCAUUCUCGCACUUACAUCGGUUGGGAGACAUCGUGACUCAGAUGGUGCGACCCUCAGCCUUCCUCUGUUGUGCACUUGCAUGCCCUUGCCGAUCUCGGUGCUGA